AUGGAGGGCUCUCUCCAAGACAAGCGGUCCAAUAUGAAUGUUCGUCAGCUCUUGAUUCUUGCCCAAUUCCAAUUUUCGAAAAGAGCUAAUGAAGGUGUGUUACAGAGCCAGAAUAAUUAUCCAGUGGUCCACAACCCACCAGGCUCGCAAUACUUCAACCCCCACUUCCUUCAUGGUCCUCAACAGCCCGCGUUCCUACAUCCAGCCAACCCAAAUAGCCCAGGCCAGCCCCCUAUCGCCAUGGGCCCCUCCUUGCAAGCCAAUCGUCAAGCCUCGCCUUACCAAGGACAGCCCUUUGGAUACCCGCCACCCAUCCGGAUGCCCCACCAUCAACCUGGAGGUCCGCCAUUAGAUCCCGUCCUGCAGGACAUCUUGGAUAAGAUAAAGAGUCUCCGACUCGCUGUGGAGGGUAUCCGCAGCGUUCAGAAAGACUCUGUUGCAUCAGCAGCAACCGACAAUGUUAGAAUCGCCAAAUUGGAAGGCUUCGUUGGCAAUUUGAACAUGACAGACGACAGAACGAGAAUUUCUGAGUUAGAAAGCGAGGUUGCGAUAUUGAGAGCGGAGAUCGAUGCUUUACGACCCAUUUUAACUCCUACUCCCUUAGAUUCGGACCCUCCAAACAUCACUCGCGGGCGAGAACUUUCUGUGGAAUUGGGACCAGAGAAUGAUGUGAAGAAGGGGGAAUUGGAACCAGAGAAUCAUGGGAUAAAAAGAGAAUUGCAGGUGGAACCAGAGAAUCGUAGGAAGAAGACGCAAUCAGAACCAGUGAAUCGUGGGAAGAAGAGACAAUUGGAACCAGAGAAUAAUGGCAAGAAGGGAAAUUCAACAUCGACGAAAAGAUAUGGCAUGAGGUCGAACAGCAACGACAAUGGUCAUGCUCAAAAAAAGGCAGAACGACAGAAAUCAGGUUAG